AUGUCUGGACAUAAUUGUGUUGCCAUCGCUACUGAUACUAGAUUAUCCACUCAGCUUAUGACUAUUGAUACCAGCUUCCAAAGAGUGUUUAAGGUCACUGACUCCUGCCUUAUGGGUGUUUCUGGACUCGGAACUGAUGUCCAAACUUUGUAAUUAACUCUAAGGUCAUUUUAUUUUAGCAAUUCAUUGAUGAAAUUCAAGCUCAACCUUUACAGAUUAAAAGAGGGCAGAGAUAUGAAAGCAGAUGUCUUUUCAAAAUUAGUAGCAACCAGUCUAUAUGAACAUAGAUUUGGACCAUAUUUCGUUUCACCAGUCAUUGCUGGACUUGAUAAAGUUGGUGAAAAUGAGUACAGCCCAGUUAUUUGCACCUAUGAUAGUAUCGGAUAUAGAGAACACAAUGGUCAAUUUGAGGUCGCUGGUACAGGUGCAGAAUUAUUGUAUGGUGUUUGCGAAACUUUCUAUAAACCAAAUCUUGAACCAGAGCAACUAUUCGAGGUCAUCUCCAACAGUUUACUAUCUGCUCUUGAUAGAGACUCACUUAGUGGUUGGGGAGCUAAGGUAUACCUCCUUACCCCAACUGAAUUAACAGUCAGAUCACUCAAAACUAGACAAGAUUGA